CAUGACAUGAGUUGAGAGUUGAAUUUUGAUAGAACAAGUGGCAAGUGCUGAAGCUCGCAAUGAAGUUGUAUAAAAAAUAAAAAUAUUCAAUAUGGCUACAGAUCAUACGACGUGAGCUGUCAGCUGUAGUAAUUAUUGUUUCUUUGUGUUAAUUACGCGUUAAAAAUGUUAUGAUUAUUCCGUGUUAUCGAAUAUGGGUGCGAAAGAUUCAAAACCUAGUUUUAUAUCUUACGAAGAUGCGACGAAGAGAGUAAGCGAGAGUGAAUUACGACGUAUUCGUGAAGCGUUUAAGAGAUGUGCCGGUACAAGUGGGACGGCCUUGAGCCUGGAAGCGUUCGUCCAUGAAGUGCUAUGUGACGGAGUACCUUACGAAGUGGCAGAGUGGUUGUACCAGGCUUGUGGUGGUACAAAGCGAGGGAUCAUAUUCCGGGACCUUCUGUGCGGUAUCGUCGUGUUGACGAAAGGAAAUCUAGAGGAGAAAAUCAA